AGCCUUGUAGGAAAUAUUCUGAUACGUGGCAACGCUGACAAGACACAGCUGUCAGUCAAUUUUUACCGAAAAUGGCUGCACUUGUGCGAUUUAAUCUAAUAGCGAGACCACAAUUUGUGGCUGCUCUACAGCCUAGUGUGCAGAUCCGACUGCAGAGCACACAAGCACCACCACCAGGCACUCCGCCCCCGCAAUUGAAGACCAAAUUUGGGCCUCUAUCUGACGAAGAUCGCAUCUUUACUAACCUUUAUGGUCGUCAUGAUUGGCGCUUGAGAGGCGCACAGAAACGUGGGGAUUGGUAUAAAACCAAAGAGAUUGUGCUCAAAGGACCUGACUGGAUCAUUAAUGAGAUCAAGACGUCGGGUCUUCGUGGGCGUGGCGGUGCUGGUUUUCCAAGUGGCAUGAAGUGGUCCUUCAUGAAUAAGCCAGGCGAUGGGCGACCCAAAUAUCUUGUGGUGAAUGCUGAUGAGGGUGAACCUGGCACGUGUAAAGAUCGAGAAAUUAUGCGCCAUGAUCCACAUAAACUUGUUGAGGGCUGUCUUAUUGCUGGACGAGCCAUGGGUGCUCAAGCCGCGUAUAUAUAUAUUCGUGGUGAGUUUUACAAUGAGGCUUCCAACAUGCAGUUGGCUAUUGCUGAAGCGUAUCAGGCCGGAUUAAUUGGCAAGGACGCUUGUGGUACUGGCUAUGACUUUGACGUUUUUAUGCAUCGUGGCGCUGGAGCUUACAUUUGCGGCGAGGAGACCGCUCUGAUUGAGUCACUCGAAGGUAAACAGGGCAAGCCACGCUUAAAGCCACCAUUUCCCGCUGAUGUGGGUCUUUUUGGCUGCCCAACCACAGUCACUAAUGUUGAAACCGUUGCCGUGGCACCAACAAUUUGUCGUCGUGGUGGCAACUGGUUUGCUAGCUUUGGUCGUACGCGAAACUCCGGAACAAAGCUUUUUAACAUUUCCGGGCAUGUUAAUACACCAUGCACAGUGGAGGAAGAAAUGUCCAUUCCACUAAAGGAAUUAAUCGAACGUCAUUGCGGCGGUGUCAUUGGAGGAUGGGAUAAUCUUUUAGGUGUAAUUCCUGGUGGCUCUUCCACACCCAUCAUACCAAAGAAAGUGUGUGAUGAUGUAAUUAUGGACUUCGACGGCUUGAUUGCAGCACAAACGUCACUGGGAACAGCAGCCAUCAUUGUAAUGGACAAGUCUACAGAUGUGAUCAAGGCGAUUGCGCGAUUGAUCUCAUUCUAUAAACACGAAAGUUGUGGUCAAUGCACACCCUGUCGUGAAGGAAUUGGAUGGAUGAAUAAGAUAAUGACGCGGUUUGUUCAAGGUGACGCUCAACCGGCUGAGAUUGAUAUGUUGUGGGAGAUUUCAAAACAAAUAGAAGGGCAUACCAUUUGCGCUUUGGGAGAUGGGGCGGCAUGGCCAGUUCAAGGCCUUAUUCGCCACUUCAGACCUGAAAUCGAGAAACGAAUGCAACAGCAUGCACUGCACACAAAGCGCGCCAGCAAUUAAAAUUGAUUCAACCUUAUAGUUAAUGCGAUAAAUUUUCUUGAAACCUUGUGCUAUGUGUGUAUGCCAAUAAACUAUGCGAUUUAAUCAGGAAAUUA